GACUAUUUUGCCAAUCGGGGUUCAUGCUUUAUUUUACUAAGUUUUUAAGACUUUCACAUGAUUUUUUGAGUUAAAUUCUCCUUGAUUCUUGCUAAAAUAAAAAUCAAAAAAUACAAAAAAGAUAAUUUACUGAUUUCUACUCAAGAAGAAUACAUUUUUGAAAUCAAUAACAUUGGAAUUAAUCGAUUUCCGUAGCGUUCCUUAAAAUGAUUACUUCAAGGGAAGAUGAUGAUUCCAGAACCGUGAUUCUUUCUGAAAAUGAUUCUGAUACUGAGGAUUUAGAGGACGAGAAAAAACUUUUAGUCGGCAGAUCACCCGAUUGCGAUGUUUGUAUUGAUAAUGAAUCUCAAGUACUGAAGAGAUCGAGUGAAAACGAAACAAUUUAUACUGAGAGAAAUGCUAAAACACUGAAACCAGAAACUAAUAAUUUUAAUGACUCUACCGAUCCAUACUCAUCUGACGAGGAUAUUAUUCGUUCUUCACAGCCUAACCCCAAUAAGAAAAUGAGAGAGUCUCAAACAUUUUUUUUUAAAGACAAAUCUUUCAAGUCAUCCCAAAACGACAAUUUUACAAGCACCCCUAUUGAAUCUGAUAAUGAUAAAAAUAUUCAAUUUGAUUUCUGCGCAAAUACUUUAGAAAUUCCUGGAGAAUUUGAUGAUGAAGACAAUCCAAAAAUUCCAAGUGAAGGCCAGAAAAGUUCUCAAAAUGUAGAUAUUUUUGCAUCAACUCAAAUAAUAGAGGACACACCUAUGAAGCAAGACAGGAAAGACACUAAAUUUUGUGAUCCUCUUGCUUGUACGCAAGUUUUUGAAAGUACUCCCAUUAAGACAAAACAGAAAGUUGAUUUAGUUGCGAGUACUCAAUUAAUCAAUUCUAGCAUUAACAUCGAACCAUUUGCUUCUACACAAAUUAUAUCUGCCGACCCCACAGUGCAACAAAAUUCGUCCAAUUCAUCGGCUGAUACUUUACCAUUUGAUAACACUCCGUCACCUGAACUCUUUGAUCCUCUUGCUUGUACGCAAUUAAUUUCUAAUAACAAUCGUCCGAAAAGUAAAUUGGCGGCAUUUUCAGAUGAUACUCUACCUCUUUGCCCUGAAACUUCUAAUGAGGUAGAUCCAUUUGCUCCUACUCAAGCUAUAAGUAGAACUUCAAGAAAAGAAAAAUAUAUGGCUACCCAGCUGAUAUCAGGAAAUUCCCCCAGUCGUUCAUUGGACAAUAAUGCUGCAACGCAAAUUAUAUCAGAUGAACCUCCCUCCCGGCCUGUUGACUUGAUUGCCCCAACACAGCUGGUUUCGGAGAAUUCUCCUAGCCCUUCUGUAGAUUUAAAUGCUGCAACUCAAGUUGUUUCGAACACAAAUAAGCUCUCAGGCAGUCAAAGAAAUAACUGCGACAAUUCUGAAGAAAAUGAUCAACUUGAAGAUACAGUUGCCUUUGAGGAAGAUACUGCUUCAGCUAAUGAUUCAAGACUUGAUUUAUUCGCUGAAUUAGAGUUUACCCACGACGAAACACGAAAUAUAAAAAGUAAAUCAUCAGUUACUGUCAAUCCAAAUGAUUCGACAGUUCUUCUAGAUUUUGAGGAUAGGAUUGACCCAAAUGCUAAAACAGAACUUAUAAACAGACAAAGACCUCAUAAAAAAUUUACCAGUGAACAUCUAGAAAGCACUCAAAUUAUCAAUCGGCUGCCUCCACAUGAAAUGGAGACAGUCCCUACUGAAACUCAGGCUACUCAAUUAAUUGAUCAUGAAAAGGAAAGUUCCCAACUGUUAAACCCUCUGAUGGAAACGCAAAUCAUAAAGCAAAAUGAUUCUGAAAUUCCACAAACAGUAAGAGCCGAUAACUCACCAAAGUCAGGAAGCAGCACAGAGCUGGAGGAAACUCAAUUCCUCUCUUAUUCAGACUUUGAUGGCUCAUCACCCGAAAUUGGAGGAAUCAGGAAUACUACUCGAUACGAAAAGCAGCUUGGAGAAUCUCUUCAAAAUGCUAGUAAACCAGCGGAUACACUGAUUUCAAGUCAACAGUCUGUCAAAAGUGCGCUGUUCACCGCAACUGAUGAACCAAAUGUGAAUGAAAAAUCAGCUCUAUCCGAAAAUUCCAUAACCAGUUCAGAGUCCAAUACGCAAAAAUUGUUUAGAAUUUUGGAUAGUGACGAUGAAGAUUAUAAAGAAGAGAGCAAAGCUUUUGUUGAGAGUAUAACCCCAAAAACGAAAGAACCAAGAGAAGAGAACGAUAGUGAUACUGAAAUAGAAAGUAAUGGAAGUUGUCCUGCAAAUGAAGAUGAUUCUGCAACCGAAAUUGAUGAGCCUGAUCAUAAUUUAACUCUUAAAGAAAGUAAAGAAGAUAAAACCAGAAAUGUCAAUUAUCAUGAGGAAAGUGAUACCGAGUGUGAAAGCAUGGCAGGGGAUUUUCCAGAAUUAUUAAAUGAAAAUCUUGUAAAUCAAAAAGAACAUGAGGGAGAUCACGGACUACCUGGAUGCUCUAAACAGGCGUCAAUCAAAAAAACAAUCAAAGCGCCUUCAGAAAAACAGGAUUCUGUUUCAUUCAGCCAGUCUACUAUUGGUGAACGAACAAGAUCUUCUAGGAAAAAAGCUUUGCUUAGCAAUGAUCAGUUAUCUGAAGAUUUAUCUGAUAUAUCCGUUCGAAGAUCGAAAAGAGUUAGAAAUUCCAGAGUUGCCAGCGAAGUGGAACAAGCUACAGUUAACCCGAGUAGACGCAGUCGUAGACCAGGAAAGAAUGUUGAUCAGUCAUCAGAAUCUCUAAAGAUUGAUCCCAUUAAAACAAAGAGAGGUUCGAAAAGAAAAAAAAAUGUUUGCGAAACAACGUCAACAGAAUCUGAAGAAUCCACAUUAGAGCAUUUGUCUUCUUCAAGAAAAGUCAUUAAAAAGAAAGAUACAAAACCAAAAGUUGGUACAAGAUUUGGUGCCAGCUAUUCUGGAGAAGAUGUAAGAAAAGAAAAUCGAAAGUAUUCUUUAAGAAAAAAUCUAUUGAACAGAGACGAAGAAUCUAGUGGGAGAUCAGAAGCUGGAUCUGAUUCAUACAAUCUCCGACGUAGUAUCACAAAACAGUAUAGAAUUCUAUACACGGGAAUUAAAGAUCUCUCUGCUGAAAAAAUAAUUGAUCGGUUGGGAGGAAUUAUUGCAUCUUCGAAUGGCGACUUCACCCAUUUAAUUACAGAUAAGAUACGUCGAACACCUAAAUUUUUAUGUGCUGUCGCCAAGGGAAUUCCAAUUAUAUCAAAUGAUUGGAUUCAUCAAUCAAAGACUGUUGGAAGAUUUCUUGAUUGCGAGAAAUUUCAAGUCAAAGAUAUUGAAGGAGAGAGUAGGUUUGGAUUCAAUCUACAAGACUCCUUGAAAAGAGCUAUCAAGAGAAAAGUAUUUGACGGAAUGGGAAUUUACCUUAUGAAAGGAAUUAUUCCAGAACCCGAAAAGUGUACAGAAAUAGUAGAAUCUGGUGGUGGGAAAAUUUUAACUGAUUUUCCAACGGGAAAAAGUGAAGAAUCUAUUCGAACUGUUCUUGUAUGUAAAAAAGAGGAUGUUUCCAGUCGUCUUGUAGUUAGAGCAAAAAAGAAUUCUGUGGACAUUGUUGACGUUGAGUGGAUUCUUUCAGGAGUGUUGAAGCAAGAGUUAGAUUUUAAAAACUUUUCUCAUUAA